CCGCGAUCGAAUCCAGUUCUCACCAUUCUCAACUGCUCCAAGGAUUAUCCAUCAUCGUAGCUGCAUUUUUCCUCAAUAAAUUCCUCAGUUUGCAAUUAGAAUUUCAGGACUGAUUAAUGUGUUGAUCUUUAACAGCGAGUGGCUAAAGCAAACAAUAGAUGAUGAGAUACGCUAUCUCCACGAUCUUUGGGCUUCUGUCUGUAUCGUGCAGCGGAUCGGACGUAUGUAAAUCGUCUCCAUGCAUCGGUGUUGACGUUUAUUACGUUUCCCUCUGCCCGUAUAGCGCUAAAUUCAUUAAGGAUCAAUUAAUGCCUUCGUACCCCGACUUGAAGAAUUACCUCGAUGUCAAGUUUAUCCCAUACGGAAAAGCAAAGUACAAAAUGAACGGUUCAAACAAAUACGAAUUUGAAUGUCAACAUGGGCCCAAUGAAUGUAUAGCAAAUAAGGCCCAAAUUUGUGGGUACGAGGCAAUUCUGAAUUCCAAUAAAACUUUUGAGGAUAAAAAAUCAUCGGCUGUCGAACUCGUCGGAUGUGCCAUGUCCAGUGCAAAUCCUGUCACAGCUGUUCCAGGGUGCGCUAAGUCCAUGGGGUUGAGUGCAGAAAUCAGAAAAAAUAUGACCGAUUGCAUGAAUUCGGAAAUGGGCGAUCGUCUUCUCGCCGCAUACGGUGAUAAGACAUACGCCCUUACGCCAACUGUUCAAGCAACCGGAAUUCCGGCUGUUGUUAUCGAUCAUGUGUACUCUCCCGAGAAUCACAACGCAGCAAUUGAUAACUUCAAGAAUCUCAUCUGCAACCGCAUCUCCGAAGGAAAACCUACAAUCUGUUCAAAAGAAUCCAACGGAAUUAUCAAUGUGCAGUAGAUGUCACGCCCUCGAGUAAUCGAGAAUUAUUUUCUAAUAUUCACUGCAUCUUGACUGCAAUGUUGUAUAUCUAAUCUCGUAGGAAAUAAAAAAAAACCAAUUGAAUCAUCUGUA